AUGAUAAAUCCUAUAUUUACAUGUUCGCCAGCAGUUGAUGAUCAGACUCUUUCAUCAACUUGGUUACCUACAGAUGAAGAACUUCGACGUAUUAAAGAAUUUCAAGAAAUUGAACGGAAAGGAGAUGCAUAUCAACAAUAUCUUCGAUUUGGUUCAGGAGAAGAACCAAGCAUUGUAUUGGAUAAUUUUCUUUUCUUAGGAAAUAGAGUUCAUGGUUCAAAUUUAAAUUUACUCGAACGACUUCAAAUUAAACAUAUUAUUAACGCAGGUGAAAUUGAUAUUAGUGAAAAACUUCCUCACGAUCGUUUUGAUAUUAUUUAUAUUACAAUGGAUGAUGAUAUUCGAACAAAUAUUAAACAAUAUUUUGAUCGUACAAAUGAAUUAUUGCACAAUUAUCAUAUGAAGAAUGAACGUUGUCUUGUCCAUUGUGCUGCUGGUAUUUCAAGAUCAGCAACUAUCGUUUUAGCAUAUUUAAUGAAAUAUCAUCAUAAUACACUUAAAGAUGCUUUUGAUUAUCUCUUAGAAAAACGUCCACAAAUAUAUCCUAAUGAUGGUUUCAUGUUACAACUAUUACGUUACGAAAAUGAAUUAAUUAAAUCACGUGAAAUUGUAUCGACAGAAGAGACGACCAAAGUAAAUAAUCCAAUUCAAACAAUACAAGAAUUUGAAAAGAAACAAGAAAAUCAAAACCAGUAG